CUACCACAAACUUGUAGAAGGUGCACAGCGCGGCGGAGUUGUAGCGUUCGCAUUUUGUACGAUUGUAUGCUGCGCGAAGAAAGCGGCUAACAUGAGCCGAAACCCUGGAAAAAACAAAUUAAAUCUCAAGCUUCCGCCGGGCUCCAUAGAGCCACUAGAUCACUCGGGGUGCGAUCCGACAAACGACAAAUCGACACAGAACACGAGCAUCGAAGACUUGCAGAAAACACUCGAAGGCUUGGACUUGGAUGAACAGCAGCGCAAGCGGCUGGAGGCAUUCCUGUCCCAGAAGCAGAAAGUUGGCGAGCUCAGCAGCGAUGACUUUGAGAACCUUGGUGAGCUUGGUGCUGGAAAUGGGGGAGUUGUCACCAAGGUGCUGCAUCGACCUAGUGGCUUCAUCAUGGCCCGGAAGCUGAUUCACUUGGAAGUCAAACCUGCCAUUCGGAAUCAGAUCAUAAGAGAGCUGAAGGUGCUUCAUGAGUGCAACUCUCCGCACAUAGUGGGCUUUUACGGAGCCUUCUACAGCGAUGGUGAAAUCAACGUCUGCAUGGAAUACAUGGAUGGUGGCUCCUUAGAUUUAGUGCUAAAAAAGGCAGGCCGCAUACCUGAAAAAAUUUUGGGCAAGGUCACAAUAGCGGUACUGAAAGGUCUCAAUUAUCUGAGGGAGAAGCAUCAGAUAAUGCAUCGUGAUGUCAAGCCAUCAAACAUGCUUGUGAAUUCUAGGGGCGAAAUCAAGAUCUGCGACUUUGGCGUGAGCGGGCAACUGAUUGAUUCAAUGGCAAACUCUUUUGUGGGAACACGGUCUUACAUGUCGCCGGAGCGACUUCAAGGCACGCACUACACUGUUCAGUCGGACAUCUGGAGCCUGGGCCUAUCAUUGGUGGAAAUGGCACUGGGCCGCUACCCGAUCCCACCACCUGAUGACCGAGAACUGACUGCCAUCUUUGGCCGCAACUACACCCCUGAAAGUAACUCUGGCAUGGCAUCGGGUGAUGGACCACGGCCCAUGUCAAUCUUCGAACUUCUAGACUACAUUGUCAACGAAGCCCCGCCUUCAGUGCCAGCAGGUGUCUUCUCGCCAGAGUUCAAGGACCUCGUUGAUCGAUGCUUGAAGAGGAAUCCAAAUGAGCGAGGUGAUCUGAAGACAUUAAUGAACCAUCCGUAUGUGCGGACAUCGGAGCAAGAGAAAGUGGAUUUUGCGGGCUGGGUGUGCCAAACCAUGGGCUUGGACCCCUCAACUCCGACAAAACUUACUCCGGAGGGACAGGCCUGACUUCCAUAAUGGUCAAAACGCAGUGGAGGACGACAGCUGCUCUCGGCCCAUGAAGACGGGAAGUGCAUUCGCAACAGGGGCGAACAUACGUGCGAUCUCUGCCUCUUCACACCCACACAUUUCUCUUUUGUGGGCACAGGCUCUGUCGGGGUCUGCUGCUCUGACCCCCAUCCACCCCCUCCAACCUUCCCCUGUCGUCUAUCUGUUGCUUCCAAGUUGUUCUCUGUCUUGGACACUAGUGUCACCACUGGCCACCACAAAUCCGUAAAAUGAACUUACCUGCAGGCUAUAAUUGCAGGUGGGAAGCAGUCUGCCACAGCAGUGCAGUAGUUUCAGAGCACUGAUGCUAAUGCAUCAACUGGCAGAUUCUGAACGUUUGUGUGUGUUGCAGCAGUGCAUUUGAGGAGCGGAUGUGAGGGGCCGUUCUUGCACAGCUACUUUAUCUUUGCAUGUGCACAGCAACAGUUGCAGCGGAUAACUUUAGUUGGUGCAAUGCUCAAAAAGAGUUCACCCAGGCUGUCUCCUGGGUGCUCUAAAAAAAUCGGAUACCCGAGGACAGGUCUCCACUUCAGCAAAGGAUACUCCUUUUCAAGGAGCGAUUGAUAUUGCAUAGGUAACACUGUCAUACUUUGCUGUGGCUUAAGGGGGGAUGCCUUGUGUGUGCCUGUGUGCAAGCUAUUUGCAUUGUUGCUGUCAUGUAGAGAGGAUGUAGUUUUCUAUCCGUCUUUACGUGUUGUUAUUUAGUUUUUUUUUUUUUGCGAUAGAGCAGCUGGCCUCCUGGCCAACUUCCCAGGUAAUGCUUUCAGGUUGCUACUGCUUUGAUGUGCAGUUAGCAGGACUCUUUUGUGACAGUUGUAGCUACCAUUGCGUUUCGUUUCACAGGCCAGAAGUAACAGCAUGCACUGCUCACUGCAGGUAGUUGCAAGGUUAGCUGCAGUACAGCUGUUUUUAGUUCUUUUAACUUUUUCAUGCCAUUCAGCUGCACUUUGAGCUUUUGCUUUCGGUACUCAAACUUGGGUUAGAAGUGGAUUGUUAGAGGCUGUGGAAUGGAAUGUUCUUUUCCCCAUUUAUUGCUUUCCUUUAGUGUUCAGAUUUAGUUAAAGUUACAGGCAAACACUUGUUCCCUGAAGUUGCAGCUCAUUCGGUGGAAGUUACCGGCCAUGUGUGAAGCUGAGUGUUCUUGAGUUGAACUGUGCAGUGCCUCUCCUUUCCUAUUCCUUCUUUGUGUGAUAAACUUGUGCCUGCAAUGAGCGCACAAAGUGUUUAAAGGAACACUGGCACAGUAAUCUCGCCUCGUCUUUCUUUGCUUGACAGGUACCUGUCAACUCUGUAAUUGCAGCAUGAAGCUAGGUGCAUGCUGCCAAACGAGCCCUUGCAUUCGUCUUUCACUAGGCCUUUUGACAAAUGCGACAAGGGAUGAGUCUGGCCGUCUGCUGUCGCUUCCUUGGGAGUGCUGGGUGCCCCUCUUGCCUCCUUUCAACUUUUAUUCUGUUGAGUGCUAAAUGCACAACAUUUUCAGUGGCAUGGUGUGACUUUUGACCUCCGCCGGGUUGAUUAGCACUUGUGUCAGUGGUUUACAAUGCCACACAACAACCAUCUUUGAUCUCUGAUAACACAUGGUCUGCUUGAUGCCUGAAGCUUCACUGCAGGUUUUGAACUGGUUGUAUUAAAAGACACUGUAAUUAA